ACCCCACAACACCAGCAAACUACGGAAUACGAAGAUGGAAGAUGGCUUUAUUUCCAACAAGAAUAUGAAUUAUACCAUAUGGCAGAUGAGUAUGACUAUUUUUUCAAGGGAGAUGAUGAUACGUUUGUAAUCUACGAAAAUCUUGAACUACUACUGAAAACAUUCUCCCCGGGUGACAAAGUACACACCGGUUUUCCGAUGAAGGAUAGAUCAAAUGAAUUGCUUUACUCUGGUGGAGCUGGCUACAUCUUAUCUAGCAGUGCCCUGAAAGCCAUUGUAAUUGAUGGUCUGGGAAUGCAAAACAGAAUGCCCAAAUGUGAAACAUCUGACGGUCCGGAAGAUGUUCGUAUAGGUAGGUGGAUUUAUCACAAAAGUGCUUUCAAUAAAUCUUUUUUUGCUACUCGUAGAGUUAAAAAUCAAUCGGUAUAA